AUGGUAGUGAAACGAGGUAACGAUAAAGUUGGCCAGGUGUCUGUGGACGCUAAGAAAAAAGCCCGGAUCGAAAAGCCUACGAACUCAAGGCAAAUGCAUAAGACGAAAAAUAACGAUGGAAAGCCAAGUAUUAAGCGUCCAAAGAAAAGUCUCAAAAUAACGUCGAAAAACGUCAACUAUUCGCUAUGCAUUCCUGUGAGUAUCAUCGACAAUUGUAAAAAUUUGGAGCAAAUCACACAUGUAAUUUACCAGGUUGCCAAAAGUGCAGUGCUGUUCAACGCCGGCGAAAUUGUGAUUUUGGACCUAGGUCGCGAAAAGAAGAAAGAUACUAAUCAGGGUACGUCGAAACACUUGUCCCCGGCAUUGUUGAUAGCGUCGCUUUUGCAAUUCUUCGUUACUCCUCCGUAUUUGGUGAAAACGGUGUUCAAGAAGGACUACCAACAGUGCUUGCAGAUUGCGUCAGGACUGCCGCGAAUCUCUGCAUUGCCAUUCAUGCGGUAUUCCAAAGAUGACGAAGGACGCUAUCGUGAAGGGCUGGCAGUCACAAUGGAUAAGCCGGGGCUCCGCAGCUCCAAGCUGGGCAGCAAGAAGAAGGCUUACGACCAAACCAAGUAUAUCAACGUGGGUAAAAGUGAAAUGAUUGAGCUUCGAGGUCAACUUGUUCCUGCCAAUGUUCGGGUCACUGUAGAUAUCGUAGAACGCAAAGUCGUGUCGCCAACAGAAGCUUACGGUGAUUUCGUGGGCGCCCAGGCCUCUUUUGGCUACCAUGUGCGUGUUGCCCAAAAUUUUGGUGACAUUUUCACCAAAAGUGCAUUUCCAGAAGGUUACACGCAGACCGUGUGGGUCAACAGUGGCGAUUACUACUUCGAUCCCGACACUUCGAAAAAUGUCAAGCUAGGAGCUAAGAUACCCCGCAUUGAAAAAAUAUUAAAACCAUCUGCUGAGGACAUUGCCAGCGGAGAAGCCGAAAAGCCAGCAAAUCUUAUGGUCGUGUUUGGUAAGUGGGAUCAUUUAUCGCAGAGUUUCAAGCAGUCUAGCGACAUGUUUGAGCAGUGUGAUGGCGCACACCAAUUUUUCGAUGGGCAAUUGGAACUUCCCGGAGCGGUCCCUGAAGCCAACAUACCCAUUCACGACAGUUGCAUGAUUUCUUUGACACUUCUUUCAAAUUUAUGA